GGAGGGAAUUAGAAAAACAGAACUUCUAUUUUUGUUUUAUUAAUUUUUGUAUGAAUAUUUAUUGAGGUGUCAUGCACAUUAUUGAUCAACUUUGUAUAGAGAUUCCGAUAAAAAUGGGAAUGAUGAUGGAGAUAAGAGCAUAGAUUUAGACAACAUCCACUACAAGAAACGGGCUUAUUACCGACAGAUAAUUACCGAAGGUCAAGUGUCCUUCGGUAAUUUGUGCUGUAUCGGCGGAUACGAGGCUUCGGUAUUGUGCACGAUUACUUCACCUAAAUUUUGGCUAUUCCCUCACUCAUUUUCAAUUUCAGCAGUUCUCUUUCUCCCUAAUUUCUCUCUUCUCUUCCCUCAAAAUUGAAAUUCAAGGGCAUGUGAGGGUACCCCAAAUAUCUCCUCCUUCGUCUGAUUCCCUUUCCUUUGCGCAUCAUCGGUCCCUUCCAUCUUCUGUUGGCAUAACGGUGGUGUGAAGAGCGCGAGCAUUUCCGGUGGUGGAGCGGGUUCGUGCAAUCGCGGAGGGUGCCUCCCUGUUAAGUUCACAAUCAUUUGUAGAGGGAAACACCUCCGAUGGCGACGACAGCGGAGCCAGAAGCGAAGACCUACUGGUGUCACGAAUGCGAUAUGAGCGUGUCCCUCACACUCCUUCCCUCGCCUCUCCUCUGUUCCCAUUGCCACACCUCCUUCCUCGAACUAAUUGACUCUCCCUUCUCCCAAAAUGAUGCCGAAUCACCCCUCUUUGACCUCAUUUUACAGGACGCGCUCUUACUCAUCUCCCCGAAGCCCCUCCCCACCAAACGCCACCCUUUCCCCUCCGUCAACGUCACACCCUCGGUCCUUUUCACGCUCGACCCCAACGACUUCGUUUUCUUCGCUGUGUGCAAAGACCAAAUUUCCCUCUUUGACGCCGAGGCCAAAUAGUUGCCUUGCAAACACCUUUACCAUGCUGGUUGCAUCACGCCGUGACUCGACCUCCACGCGUCGUGCCCGUUGUGCAGACUUCGCCUUGAGGAAGAGGCGGCACAGGAGGAGGAAGACGAAGGUGACGGCGUGGUGGCGAAGAUUCGGAGGGAGCCUCGAGGUGUCCAAGCGCCUUUGCUAUACGUUCGGUUAAUCGUGAUGGGUCUGUCCAAGGAGAAUCUGAAAGGUCUCAUACUGGCUUUGGUGUCAAGUGGGUUCAUUACGGCAAGUUUCAUCAUUAAGAAGCAAGGUCUCAGAAGAGCUGCAGCAGCUUCUGGUGUCAGGGCUGGUUUUGGUGGGUAUUAUUAUCUCUUGGAGCCACUCUGGUGGGUGGGAAUGAUCACAAAACCUGUUUCUGUAUGAUUUAAUGUACAGUGUAGUUUUAUCUUCAGUGGCAUGCCAUUGAAGUUCCAGACACUACACUGUGGUUUGCAAUUCUGUUAUCUCCUCUUACAUCAGAAACAGGAGAAAUUGGAGACCAUGCAGCUAAAAUCUUAACCCCUGGAGCAGCUAAAUCAGGCUGCAAAAUCAAGAAAUGCUUUUCUAGCAUAUGGGGGCUCAGUAAUAGUAUUGGUAUUCAUUCUGGUCUUCCAUUUUGCACCAAAAUGUGGGCAUACAAAUGUGCUAGUUUAUAUUGGCAUUUGUUCAUUGAUGGGUUCCCUCUCUGUGAUGAGUGUUAAGGCCCUCGGGACUUCUUUGAAGUUAACUUUUGAAGGGAAAAAUCAGUUGAUCUACCCAGAGACAUGGUUUUUUAUGUUAGUUGUGGCUAUAUGUGUCAUCAUGCAAAUGAAUUAUCUUCAUAAUGUUUCUUUUGAAGAUUGCCAAGAAUGUAAAUGACGAUUCAUAACGAUUCAUAAGAGCUUUCUAUUUACAAUUAGAUUUUAUAAUUUGUAGCCUUUUUUCUUCUGGAGAUAUAUGUAUUGGAAUAUAAGAAUCAUACUUUAUUCUUUGUUGAAUGACAAAAGAUUACAUUCAUUCUUACCUUCUUCAAGAUAUAUGUUCCGGAAUAUGAUUUAACUUGAAAGGAAAUUAUAGAGUUCAUCGCAUUACCAGUUGCAUUACAAUUUGGUAGAGAUUUUAAAUGUAGUUCAUUGAUUCUUUAUCCUUUAAUCCUGCCUGAUUUUUACCGAAGGCUUUUGCCCUUCGGUAAUUACCGAAGGCUUUUGGCCCUCGGUAAUUACCGAAGGCCAAAAGCCGUCGGUAAUUGUUAGCGACAAGGGAUUUAUCGACGGUUUGUUGGCCGUCGGUAAGCCGUCGGUAAAUGUCCUUUUCCGACGGCUUUUGGCUGUUUCCGAGGGAUUUCGGCCUUCGGUAAUGCCCUUUUUUUUUGUAGUGAUCAGAAGAUCUUUGUUUCGGCAGGAGGAUACCAUAAUAUUCCAUCUCUUGGAGAGAGCUAAAUAUUCUCAGGAUUCCGUUGAAUAUGAAAAUAAUGAUGAUUUAAAAGGAUCUAUUAUUGUUAAGAAAUUGGUCUUGCAAGAUGAAAUGCUCCAUAAUCAGUUGGGAAGAUACAAAUGUGAGGAAGAAAACCCUUUCUUCCCUCAGUUCUUAGUCGAUCCAAUACGUCCUGAUCUGCAAUACUCCAAGGUUCUGCAUCCCUGUGCUCAUUCCAUCAAUAUAAAUAAAAAGAUUUGGAAUACAUAUUUUGAGAAAAUCCUCCCAGAAUUGGUAAAAGCAAGAAAUGAUGAUGAGAGUAUCAUAGAAUUGGUACAAGAAAGAAAUGAUGAUGACUCUGGAUCUAUUGCUGAUUGUGACUCUCUUUGCUUACAGGCUCUCUCAAAGAUAAUUCACUACGGCAAAUUUGUUGCUGAGGCAAAGUUCCAAGAAGUCUCUUCUAAAUAUGAAGCUGCAAUUAAAGCAAAAGACAGGGAACUACUGUUGGAGUUGCUGACAGAUAAAACUGAGGAGGCGAUAGUGAAGAAGAGAGUAGAACUGAAGGCCACAAUAUUUGGCCAAGUGGUGCAGAUUGAUGAAGCAUACAAUGUAGUCAAUCCUACUUAUAAAAUCAAGCCAAGUUUUAUUGUAGAACUCUUUGAAAACAAUAUUAUACCUCUUAGUAAAGAGGUGCAAGUGGAGUACCUGUUAAGAAGACUUGACUAAACAAAGAGAUGGUGACCCUGGCAUAGGGUUUUGAUU